AUGCCACCAGAAGGAAGCACAAGGGCCGGGAUACUGCCUAGUCACCCAAUCCUAGUCAGGCUAUUGGAUUUCAGUUUUGAACAGAAUAACGUCCCAUUUGACCCCGAAACCUUUUCUGCCUUCUUCAGGAUACCUCGAAAAGCACAAUUUAUUUCCAUCCUUCGCUUUCUUCUGCUCACCUUGGAUCAAGGACAUUUCAGUAGGGAACUAUCGCAGCAUACCUGUCCAACCUCCGAGACUGCUUUGAAGUGCGUCAUUUCGAAAUGGCUCAGAGAAUGCCGACCAGCAAUCAAACUACCUGCUAGUGUAUUUUCUGUCCUUGGAUACCCCGGUGGGGUAACAGCUGUCGAGUUUCUAAGUGCCCUGUCUUCAUUCGUGCUCCAAUCCAAGCUUUCAUCUGUACCAGACUGCCUUGCUGAUUUAGUUUCAAGUAUCCAUGGAUUGAUUCGAUCAAAUGUUCGUGAUCGGGCGAUAUUCUGUACGAUUGACAAUAGUCUGAGUUCGCAUUUGGUGAAGCGAGAAGAGCAAUUGGCAGCAGCCAAGACAGGACUAUCAAAGAUUGUUGCUGAGGUGAAAGAGUUUGCAGAGAAUCGCUGGAACCCGAUAGACAUGGCAAGCGACUCGUAUCUCGAGAAUGCCAAUCAUGUGAUCAGUGACUGUCAAACGUAUCAACGUGAACUACUUUCAGAGGUGCUCGCGAACCGAAGCAACCUGGAGGCCUUGCUACGAGAAUUCACAUCAUUCAAGCCUGAUUUAUUGAAUAUUAUGCACCACGCAGAAAACUACCCACCACCCACACUAAAUGCGGAACGCCUUCAGACCCGACGGCUUCCAGAGAUAUUUGCAGUUUCAGCAAAAGAGACACGAGCUUGCGGCCCUGGAUCCGAAAUGGCUCUCACAGGCGGUGCAGGAACCGAUUCCCGAAGUACUUUUCACUUUUCACGGAGUAGUUCCUGUGAUAAGGCCAGAUGGCGUCAGACACCCUUCAUACUGGUGAUGUGGCACCCCAAUCCCGAAAAACCUACCGCGAGGAACAUAUUGUUACAACCUCACGAAUCUGUCAAGCCUCUUCGAGAAGAAGGAAAACUUAAUCUUUACAGGUUCCUUCGUUCUGCGGACGCUCUAUUUUCCGUAGGCUGUCGGAUACUUGACGCUCCCUCCCAAGAACUGACUGUCGAUCCAACAACUAGUGGGACAACACAAGAUGAUGCGAUUGUUGAUUGGUGCUCACGUGUAUUUAAACGAGCCGCUUAUUUAUGCAACCCAGCUGACUCACCGUCGGCAUCUUCCACGGCCACGAAGUCCCCACACCAACCGUCUGGUCAGUCACAGAUAUCCACAGCGGAAAACGGUCUGGAAGAGUUUAUGCUCUCCAUGCGUUCUUUCAUCGUAUCCAAUCAACGCACCGAAUCACAACUCACUCCGUUAACCUCUUACCGUCGCCAGUCGACACAGCCAGUUUUGGAGCGUCAACACAUGGCUACAACCAACUGUUCUUUCCCCUCAGAUCAAUCGUCAACUGAUGUUAGCCGAAAUGCCGACGUCAUCAACAGUUCUCCGUUGCGAUCGCUUGAGCUCUCUCAGCUUUCUGGUACUCCAGCAGCUACAACCCGAAAAAUCUCUACGCCGCGUCACUUGGACGUCAGAGUCUUGCAGUCAUGGAAGCAGGACCUUGGGAAACUGGAUAUUCCCGAAAAACAAGCCCUCAAAAUCUCAGGCUUUGAGGCGGACUCAGUACAAAUGCAGAGCAACACAAGUGAUGAAAUCGAAAACACUGAUCCAUUUGCUUCUGGUCUACUUUUACCUUCUGUCGCAGAACGGUCUGUCGCCGCCGGAGAACAGGUAACUCCAACGAGCAAAUGGAUCCCUGUGGAAACCCGUACAGCCAGGUCCCCAGUCAGUUACACUGAGCAACGCCCUCCGAUAAAAUUCAGCUCCGACCUGAGUAAUUCACGUCAAAUACUGAAAACACUGAACCAGAAUUCUCUAGAUCCAGGUCAUCCGCUCAAGGAUACCCAACGCCUUCUGCCAGUUAACAGAUGGAUUCCAGCGGAAUCUUCAAUAUCUGAUACAGAUUUAUCGUCAUUUGAGCUACCCCAUCUACCUCCGCUCAGUCUUGAUGCAAGUCAUGGGCUUAAGCCGAGGACCCCGGUUCAGUUGGGCCGAAAGGACGAUGUUACAGCCACCGUAGGUGCCAACUUCAAAAAAUUACAUGUUGAUCGAGACACCGAAUUGACAAAUUUCAACUUGUUCGAGAUGCAGGACGCAAGUACUGCGGUCGAACUCACUGCCCAAUCGCUCUCUUCCAGGUUCCGGCUGCGCAACUCUGGUGAUGUGGAGGUCGCUGCAGUUGGAUAUGCUGGGGUUGGUACAGUAUUAAGUGACCGAGCGGAAGUGUCGCUAUUUGACUGGAUACCCGUUGAUAGUCGCAUCUGCGGUUUGUUUGGCGACAUCU